UCGCGAAAGGGGAGUUGAAGCGACUAGCAUCUCGGCUACGUGCCUAUCGCAUCCUCUCACUUGAAACGUCGUAGAUUCUAGUCAAUAAAAUACCAACGCAUAAGUAAUGAUCGAGUGAAAAAAGUGUUCUCAGAUCAUCAGGCGUGUGCACUAUCGGUCAAAAGAAACGUUAAAUGAUACCCACGGAAUUUCUACCUGUGGAUAUUUAACAAUCAUGUUGUACGCGAAACGAUGGAGAAAUUUCCGCUGAAGGGUACGGUAACCUCGUCAACGGCAACCUCGUCCUUCGGCCCUGCACAGUUGAGCACAACGCCCACCAUGUAUCACUCUGUCGAUGCCAAGAACGGAAAUGGAGUAGAGGGCGGAAGUUUAAGCGACGCCCGUUUACGACCUACGGGCCUUACCAAUAGGGGAGCGAUAAUUAGUAGCGACGAAGACAUGCAGCAGGACGUUAAUCACCAUCACCACGGGACGUCCCAACUCUCUGGGAACAACGCCUAUCUCGACCGUAACGUCAGGCUAGACGAUGGAACGUCUCACUGUGGGAUUACUUUUUCUGGGAUGCAGGUUUCAGCAGACUCGGAUGACAUUCCCGGUAUCGGUCAGUACGAUGACUUUCACACUAUCGACUGGCAGCGCGAUAUCGCCAGGGAUCGUAUGCGUCAUCGGUAUAUCGUUAAAAAGAAGCAUGAUUCCAUGUGGGACUUGAUCAAGGGGGCCCAUGACGCCUGGUCGGGAUGGCUCUGCGUUUUAUUCGUUGGAUUAUUCACGGGGGUUGCCGCUGGUGUGAUAGACAUCGGUGCCUCGUGGAUGACCGAUCUCAAAUUUGGAAUAUGUCCUCAAGCCUUUUGGCUCAACAAAGAACAGUGCUGCUGGAGUUACAAUGAAACUACAUUCGACGGUGGAAAUUGUUCACAGUGGUGGACGUGGCCUGAAGUAUUCAGUCAAUCGAAGACUGGAGCCGGAUCAUACGUAAUCUCUUAUAUGUUUUACAUAGCCUGGGCUCUUUUAUUUGCUUCGUUGUCAGCCUCGUUAGUCAGAAUGUUUGCGCCUUAUGCCUGCGGCUCUGGUAUACCUGAGAUUAAAACCAUACUGAGUGGGUUCAUAAUCCGCGGGUACUUGGGAAAGUGGACAUUGAUAAUAAAAUCCGUCGGUCUCAUUUUGUCCGUAUCGGCAGGUCUCAGUUUGGGCAAGGAGGGACCCAUGGUCCACAUAGCAUGUUGCAUCGGAAACAUAUUUUCAUACUUGUUUCCAAAAUACGGAAGAAACGAAGCGAAAAAGCGUGAAAUUUUAUCCGCUGCCGCCGCUGCAGGUGUAUCGGUUGCCUUUGGCGCACCGAUUGGUGGUGUUUUGUUCAGUUUAGAAGAGGUCAGCUACUAUUUCCCGCUGAAGACACUAUGGCGUUCCUUCUUUUGUGCACUCAUAGCAGCUUUCGUAUUGAGAUCUAUAAAUCCGUUCGGCAAUGAACACUCGGUACUCUUUUUCGUAGAGUACAACAAACCGUGGAUAUUUUUCGAACUGGUUCCCUUCGUGAUGCUCGGUAUAAUGGGAGGUAUUAUUGCAACGUUAUUCAUUAAAGCAAAUCUGUACUGGUGUCGUUAUCGAAAAACAUCUAAACUUGGUCAAUAUCCUGUGACCGAGGUUUUGGUUGUGACUGUUGCUACGGCCAUUAUUGCUUAUCCAAAUCCUUACACACGAAUGAAUACCAGUCAGCUGAUUUACUUACUAUUCAGCCAGUGUGGAGUAUCUAAUGCUGAUAUGCUAUGCGACUACGACAGAAAUUUCACUGACGUCAAUUCUGCGAUUGAAAUAGCAGCUGCUGGUCCGAGAGUUUAUCAAGCAGUUUGGUUGUUGGUCUUAGCACUAAUUCUGAAACUGAUAAUGACCAUAUUUACAUUCGGUAUGAAAGUACCUUGCGGAUUAUUCAUCCCGUCACUUUGCCUGGGUGCGAUAAUGGGCCGCAUCGUAGGCAUCGGUAUGGAACAACUCGCAUACAAGUACCCUCACAUUUGGGUGUUCAGCGAGGAAUGUUCGACUGGCGUCGAUUGCAUAACGCCUGGCCUUUAUGCCAUGGUUGGGGCAGCUGCAGUCCUGGGCGGUGUUACAAGAAUGACAGUGUCCUUGGUUGUUAUCAUGUUUGAAUUAACAGGUGGGGUCAGGUACAUUGUUCCCUUAAUGGCAGCUGCUAUGGCAAGUAAAUGGGUCGGAGACGCGUUGGGUAAACAAGGCAUCUACGAUGCGCACAUCGGAUUGAACGGAUAUCCAUUCUUAGACAGUAAAGACGAAUUUCAACAUACGAGUUUGGCAGCGGACGUCAUGCAGCCAAAGCGCAACGAAGCUCUGAACGUCCUGACUCAAGACUCUAUGACAGUCGACGACGUUGACACUUUACUUAAAGAAACUGAACACAAUGGUUUUCCAGUCAUUGUUUCAAGAGAAUCGCAAUACUUGGUAGGCUUUGUGCUACGCAGGGACUUGAAUCUCGCCAUAGCCAAUGCAAGACGGCUAAUGGAGGGAAUAACUGGACAGUCUCUUGUCAUUUUCACAAGCGGUAGUAAUGUUCAGACGCAUGGUCCACCCCCACUAAAAUUGAAGAAGAUAUUAGAUAUGGCGCCGAUCACUAUCACCGAUCAAACGCCGAUGGAAACCGUCGUCGACAUGUUCCGUAAACUGGGACUCAGGCAAACGCUCGUCACGCAUAACGGGCGGCUUCUAGGCGUUAUAACAAAGAAGGAUGUCUUAAGACAUGUCAAGCAACUUGACAACGAAGAUCCGAGCUCUGUUCUGUUCAAUUAAAUUGUAAUUAAUUAAAUCGCGAAAUUCUUAAACCUUA